CGACAGCGAGCUGGAGGGCUUCUGUGGCAUAACCCUGCAGCGCUGGGGGUUGUGGUUGCUCCGCGCUCAGGCUAGGACCCGAGAAAUACUCGGGAGUACAAUAGAUUUCACUUGGUCUGUGUAUGUAUGUGUACACACAUACAUGGAUGGAAGGAUAGAAUGGUCUGUUGGGUCGCUAUCUGCAGGCUCUUUAAGUUCUCGCUGUUCCUCGUCAAGUCACCACUUCCUUUACUCCAAAGUACAGAGUUACGUCGCCUGAAAUGGCUGGUAAACACGAGAGCUGCUUCUCUUUGAAAGCUGGAUUUAUCUGUGAAGUAACUAGAUGGACGAUAUUCUGAAACUGGGGAAAUAAGCUGUUGUGUGAUCUGGUUGCAAAACUGGCUAUUGAGCUGAAAUGUAGUAGUCUGAAAAGUGGCCUCCAAAAUGAAUUUCUUCCUGGAAACGCUCAGAGUAAUUUUGAUGUGUAUAUAUUAUCUGCUGGAGUUUUUCUUAUCGUUUAUCUUUGCACGGAAGAAAAACAUUGCUGGUGAAAUAGUGCUUAUAACUGGAGCUGGAAGUGGAAUAGGAAGGCUGAUGGCUUUAAAAUUUGCUCGACUUGGAGCCGUUUUAGUUCUUUGGGAUGUUAACCUAGAAGGAAACAAAGAAACAGCUAGAUUAGCAUGUAAAAUUGGGGCUGCAAGAGUACAUGAGUACAUUUGUGACUGCAGCAAAAGGCAAGAAGUCUAUCAAGUGGCAGAUCAGGUGAAAAAGGAAGUUGGUGAUGUUAGUAUCCUGAUUAAUAAUGCUGGCAUCAUAACAGGACAGAUGUUUUUGGACACCCCAGAUAUGCUUCUAGAGAAGAGUAUUCAAGUGAACACAAUGGCACACUUUUGGACUGUCAAAGCAUUUCUUCCAGCCAUGGUAGCCUCUAAUCAUGGACAUGUGGUGACCAUUUCAAGUGCAGCUGGCUUUAAUGGAGUCAACAAAAUGGCAGAUUACUGUACAAGUAAAUUUGCAGUGCUGGGUUUUGCUGAGUCUCUAGCUUCAGAGAUGUUGGCAAUGAAAAAGAAUGGUAUUAAGUCCACAAUUGUCUGUCCAUAUCUAGUGAACACUGGAAUGUUUGAUGGCUGUGAAACAAAGUGGCCUUGUUUGCUGCCCAUUAUAAAUCCAGAAUAUGCUGCUGAAAGAAUUGUGUCUGGGAUACUCCGAAAUGAACGCUAUAUCUUGAUGCCACGAGUUCUAUACUUCUGUAAUGUAAUGAAAAGCAUCCUUCCUGCAAAAAUGGUUGAUGUCCUUUAUGAUUAUUUUGGAGUUUUACAAGUUAUGAAUAGAUUCAAAGGUCGGACAAAGAUGACUGAAGAUUAAAAUGUCAGACAAAAGCAAUAAAACCUCCAAGUUCCUUGGGCUGACUGCAAAUUGAGAAGCCAGUAUAUAGAACUUCCAGUUUCAUUGUUUAUGUUGUUGCAAAAGGGGACAUGUAAAACAACAAAUCUGGAAUGGCUGCUGACAGCAGAGUAUGAAUAAUUUUAACUACAUCUGUGUUUAGAAUUGCUGAAAUAUAACCUGAAGGUGAUGUUUUAUUUCAAUAAAGGUACUUAGUUUUUGGAACAAAUUACUUUUUUGUGGACUGUUACCUUUCCAACUUUACCAUUUAUAAAACAAGUAAAAUAAUAAAGUUGUGCUUUUCUUAAUGUAUUCAAGACAAGAAAAUUUGAUCAAAAGUUCUGUAUGUUUAUACAGUAAUAGUGAAAGUGAGAACAUUUGAACAGAGUGUUUAAUGGAACUGUUUUCCAUCUGAUUUAUUCUGCUCUAUUGGAAAGCAUCUUGUGUGACUUAGCUUGUACACUGUGCUAAGCUAUGGUUUAUUUAACCAAAUUGGUUAAAUAAACUAUAAUUGGCUGGGUUUACAGCACACUAAACCAUAAUUGCUAGGUUCAUGCAAGUUAAGCAGUCUGCAUUAAUUGCUUAACACAGAUACCAUGUUUUGGAAACAUCCCUGUGAGAUACAGUGAAUUUCAUGAUGCAAUAAGAACUUGAACUGGUGCCCAUUAUGGAUCAAAUAAUUUUAUUCCAAGUUGCAUACUAUCUAAUUUAAGAACUUCUGAAAUCUAUGUGCUUAAAAAGAACACAAUGUAAAAUAACAGCUGAAUGUUUCAUCUAUCUUGAAAUAAUAAUAGUAGAAAUAUAAGUUAUGUUCUUGUUUAUAUUUUUUUGCUCAACAACUAAAAUUGCAAAUACAUACAACAUUAAAGAAGUUUCACAACCAGAAAAGGGAGCAUGUUAGAACUUCAAAAAUGUUUAUCAUUUUGCUUGUCACCUUAUUUGUCCCCUAUUCCUUCCUUAUUUUUUUUAAAAAAACCUCAAACACCCUAGUUCAAAUGUUGACAAAUACUACAUAGCAACAAUCCAUUGCUGAAAAUCAGGUGUAGAUUUUUUGCCAUUAUUGUAUAAUAACUCUUUUAGCCAACCUCCGUGUCCCUCAAAUCCACAAUUCUUGCUAUUUUGGUAGAUUCCAAAUACUGGGUAUAUAACCAAGAACAUACAGUGAUUUGGCAAUGAUAUAAACAAUCCUGUUGAUGUCAUCCCCAAAUGCAACAAUAAAAGAAGAUUCACCCAGAGAUCUUGUAUUAAUUAUUGAAUUAUAUCUUCAACAGCAGGAUAAUUGUAACCAACAUUUAAUGAGCAUCUAGCAUAAAUGAAACAACUGUUAUAUUAAUAUCAUUUUAAGAUACUAGCAAAUUAAUUUCACAUUGUUUAAUGCAACUCAUAAUUUCUAACCAGGAUAGAGCAGCUUUUGUAAGACUUAAGUUGACCCAAAGUAGUAUUGUGAGAGGCUCAGUUUACCCCAAAUUAAGAUUUAGAUGCUACUUUCAAACUGGGAUUAUCCCAUAAUAUAAGCUUUCUUUAGGUAGAUGUAUCAGAAUAUAAAUGUGACUUAAUAUUUUUUAUAUAUGUCUUGCAGCAUUAGUUGCUGGUAUUUGAACUGAUCCCCAACAAUUGAGGAUUUAUUUAUAUAAUAUAGACCUUUCUCUGUCCAGCCAAUGUGUUUUACUCCCUUUGUUGAAAACCAGAGGAUAUACUAGUAUAGGAGUAAGAGUAAAUCUAUUCAGCAUUAAAACAUUCUACAUGUUUUACAACUGCAAAUUUUCCUAAAAUUUAGUUUGACUUAAAAGUUUACCACCUACAUUAAUAUUUUAUCAUUUUAUUUGGUGUCUAUUUAAAUCUUCCAUUAUUAAAUAUUGUGUGUGUUUAAAUUGAAAUGCUGGAAAAUAGAUUUCAGAUUAGGAACUCUUCCCUCAUUAAAAUUUAAACAUAGCACCCCAUCACUAUUUUACCCAAUUUUUUCUCUAUUGAAGAGGUAUGCAUUCUUAAAGCCUUCCUUUUUCUCAGUCUUAACUGAAAAAUCAAGUCAAUAUAAUUAUAAGAUUCUCCACAAAUUUGCAUGAACUCUUCCUUUUUUUUUUUA